AUGCCUCACACCGCACCAAAUCCUCCCGUCCUCUUCUCAUUCCCCUCCAGUGCCGAGCUCACCGAUGCCCUCGCCAACUUCAUUGUCAAGGCCCAAAAAGAGGCUGUUGAGAAGAAGGGACGCUUCACAGUCGCCCUCUCUGGUGGCUCUCUUCCCAAGCAGUUGGCCGCGCUGAUCAACCACCCGGGCGUUAAGUGGGACAAAUGGCACGUCUUCUACGCAGACGAGCGCGCCGUCCCGCUCGACCACGAGGACUCCAACCACGGCCUCGCCGUCCGCGAGCUCUUCUCCAAGAUCCCCGCCUCCCAGCCCCAGCCGACGAUCCACACGCUCAACCCCGAGUACCUCGACGACCUCGAGGAGCUCGCGGACCAGUACGAGAAGGAGCUCAUCCAGGAGUUCGCCAUGAAGGACUCGGCCCGCUUCCCCAUCUUCGACCUCAUCCUCCUCGGCAUCGGCCCCGACGGCCACACCUGCUCGCUCUUCCCCGGCCACGAGCUCCUCAGCGAGGAGGACAGGUGGGUCGCGUACAUCGAGGACAGCCCCAAGCCGCCCCCGAAGCGCAUCACGUUCACCUUUCCCGUCCUCAACCACGCCGCGCGCAUCGCGUUCGUCGCCGCGGACGCGGCCAAGGCCGACACGCUCCACACCGUGCUCGACGAGCCCGAGAAGGGGCUGCCCGCGAGUCGCGUGCGCCCCGCACACCCGGGGCAGCUCUACUGGUUCGUAGCCGACGCCGCGGCGGAGAAGGUGCAGUUUGCGCGAACACCGUUCAAGCUCUAGGAUAGAGAGUGCGGGACGCUAUAGACGAUGUCGCUGUCGAGUUUGAUUUGUUGGAAGAAGUCUAGUUUUGAGCCUGUAUUUUACGCCAUGCCAGAGACGAAGCUCCCAUGUAGCCCCUUGAUGCAUGCCGAUCUGGAUACCUCAUGCAGCGUAUACUCGGCCACAUC